AUGAAUGGCAAUGCGGACAAGACAAUGGUUUCCUAUCUUCAGAGUGUGAACUACACGUGUAAUACUGGUUAUAGAAUGAAUGGAUCAGCAACAGCAAUGUGCAGUGCUGAUGGAACUCUACAAACACCUACUUGCAACAUUGUAAAUUGCACAGUGCCAACACUCACGAAUGGCAAUGCGGACAAGACAAGGGUGUCCUAUCUUCAGAGUGUGAACUACACGUGUAAUACUGGAUAUAGAAUGAAUGGAUCUGCAACAGCAAUGUGCAGUGCUGAUGGAACUCUACAAAUGCCUACUUGUAACAUUGUAAAUUGCACAGUGCCAACACUCAUGAAUGGCAAUGCAGACAAAACAACGGUGUCCUAUCUUCAGAGUGUGAACUACACGUGUAAUACGGGUUAUAGUAUGAAUGGAUCACCAACACCAAUGUGCAGUGCUGAUGGAACUCUACAAAUGCCUACUUGCAACAUUGUUAUUUGCACAGUCAAAAUACUCAUGAACGGCAUUGCGGACAAGACAAUGGUGUCCUACCUUGAGCGUGUGAACUACACGUGUCAUACUGGUUAUAGUAUGAAUGGAUCUGCAACAGCAAUGUGCAGUGCUGACGGAACUCUACAAAUGCCUAUUUGCAAUAGUAAUGGUUCGAGAGAAGCUGGCUCUGGUCCCAAGAGUUCGACUGCAGUUUUGGUGUCCGUUACUAUACUGGGUGUUGGAGGGGCGAUUGUUGCCGCUGCUGUUAUCGUAUAUCAACGGCAGCAAAAUGCUAAGUUGCGCACUUCAUCAUAUGACACUGGGUUGGGCAAAAAGCAGCCUGAAGGACAACAAGGAAGUCGUGUCGCUAUGCCCCUCAAGGAUACCUACUAUCCUGGUAAAUCUGGAAGUGAACUAACUGGUCGUGAUCCUGAACAGCAAGGUGGAACGUAUAUGAACCCAGAGCCGGCAAAGAAGGGACAACCAAGCCCUCAGGACCCCCGAAGCUGUGUAUAUCAUAAUCUUGCGAACAAAAACUCUGAAAAAUCAUCUUACAGUAUUGAUACUAUGUUGCCUGCUAAUGAUGGAAAUGAUGUCUAUGAGGAAGCAGGGGUGCAGUGUCUAUGCACUGACAUUUAUGAGGUUGCCGACCAAAACAAAACAACACAAGGUACCCAGCAGAAACUAGUUGACACUGGCUUGGCAACACUGGAAGAUCCCGACACAACCUACGGCAACGGAGAUUCUUGCCCUGGAUCGUGCAAGAACAGCAUGUGUAUGUAUGGCAAUGCAGAUUCUCCAAGGGCAUCAUGCAGUGACAAUGGCCAAACCUUCACUUACAACACGGCACUGAAAUCGUCCGGGAACUUGUCACCCCUGAAACCUGACCCUUCGCUUCCAGGCAACAGUGUUCUUGCAUACGACAAUCUGAACAAUGAACAAAAAAUCAACCCCGAUGCUCUGACAACAGUAUUUGGACAGAGUUCCACUGAUCCUGCCGACACUCAGUCUAUAGUUUAUGGAAAUGCAGAGUCGCGCAAGGCCUCACCGAACAACAGUGUGGUUGGCAACGACAACAGGGAAUCAGGCCAGGCCAAUGGAAACUCACUCCAGACCUCAUACGUGAACAGUGUAGACUUGCAUGCCGGUGGCAUUUCCACAGGGACUUUCUCUGAGGAUGAUUGCGCACGUUUUCAGAUGGGAGAAAGUAGUGCUGGAAAUGGCCUAGAUAUUCACCACCUAUCAACCUAUGAAACUCCCAAAGUUAGCAGUAACGCCAGUACCUCAGCAGGAUUGUCCGAAAAAGCGGCUACCAAAGACAUGACCUAUGAAACUCCCAAAGUUAGCAGUAACGCCAGUACCUCAGCAGGAUUGUCCGAAAAAGCGGCUACCAAAGACAUGACCUAUGAAACUCCCAAUGUUAGCGGUAACGCCAGUACCUCAGCAGGGUUGUCCGAAAAAGCGGCUACCAAAGACAUGACCUAUGAAACUCCCAAUGUUAGCGGUAACGCCAGUACCUCAGCAGGAUUGUCCGAAAAAGCGGCUACCAAAGACAUGACCUAUGAAACUCCCAAUGUUAGCGGUAACGCCAGUACCUCAGCAGGGUUGUCCGAAAAAGCGGCUACCAAAGACAUGACCUAUGAAACUCCCAAUGUUAGCGGUAACGCCAGUACCUCAGCAGGGUUGUCCGAAGAAGCGGCUACCAAAGACAUGACCUAUGAAACUCCCAAUGUUAGCGGUAACGCCAGUACCUCAGCAGGAUCGUCCGAAAAAGCGGCUACCAAAGACAUGACAUAUGAAACUCCCAAUGUUAGCGGCAACGCCAGUACCUCUGCAGGAUUGUCCGAAGAAGCGGCUACCAAAGACAUUACCUAUGGAAAUGGACGAUCACCAAAUGGUUCUCGUCAUGCCAGUGCUGAACAGUUCUGCACCGAGGUAUCAAACAGAAAUUCAUCUCAGGCUUUACCCACCAGUUCACAGCAAGAUGGUGGCAAGGCGGAGGAAACUCUGACCAUGGGACCUAAUCAGACUUCAAAUGUUUCAGCAACAGCAACUAGAAAGAGUUCAAUUUUAGGUGAUGCAAUUGCAAACUUACCUGAUCAAUAUCCCACAUCUAACAAGUCUCUGCAGCCAUCUAAUGCGUGCCCAGCUCUCAGUGAUGGCCAGGGUCAGGUGUCGACAGGAAACGUACCUGUUCAACGUGAACACAUCUCAUCUCAUACAGGCGGGAAAAGUUUGACUUCGGCAGUUUCCCAAGGCGGAACACCACCUCCAGGAAGCACUGUGUCGAGAACUUUGUCUAGUGCUGCAGGCUUCAGUUCAGCUGUUGGCUUUCAACGUGGCAAAAAGCCACUAGCCUCAAUAUCUAACGAAAUGAAGCAGCUACAGCCAUUGCCGGUUAGAAACAUCCCGACAUCCACUACCUCAGCAGAUGACAUAUAUGCAGACCUAUCAGAGGCAAACGAGGCUCAAGAAAAAUCCAUCGAGCCUAGCUUCAAUUCUGUCAAAUAUGAGGACGAUGGAGUGUAUGGUACCAUCAAUUAG